AUGGGCGCUGUGAAUGACCCUUGGUUCACUGCGACGAACGCCGGGCCAUAUCCUCCGACCGGAGGCAAGGACACUUAUAAUGGUACCGUGUUCUCCCGUGAGAAACCAAUCACCGUGAUGGCGUGCACAGAACAGUAUCAGAUCUGUAAUCAAAGUUCUCAGUCCGCAGCACCUUCCAGCUGCAUCGAAUUGAAGGGAUACUUGGGGCUUCUCAGCGACACCAAUGGUGUCGAGUCCCUCACAUGGAAUUCCCACCAGGGCAUGGCACUUAAAAGGGUGUUGCAAGCAGCAGCCGACUCUUGGAUUUCUCUCGUCCUCAGUGGUCUUGCUCAGCGCGACCCGCCUUUGCUCGCACGUCGGCUCAUCCAAGAUGUUGUUGGACUCCGCUUUCCUGACGACCAAUGGGAAAAAGAGGUGGACUACUGGCAGGCUCUUUUCAUGACCAACAUGCAAAGGGCCGUCAUCGAGUAUGUCACCGGUCAAUUUGUCGCGAGAACCAAUUAUGUUAACACUACGCGCUCAUCAGAGCUGAACUGGCUUUGCUAUAGUCAGAUCAUUAGGGGCACGAGCUACUUAUCGUUCAGUCUCAUCGGCAUGAUGCUGACGAUAUCAUUUUCUGUGCUCAUUAUCACCGCUGGCAUGUCAUUCGACCACGUACUUGAGUGGAGACAUGCAAAACGGUAUCCAGAGUCGGCUAUGGCCAAGGGUUGGCGGCGAACUGAGAUGUUGAACAUGCUAAGGGCCUUGUUGGAGCGGUCGGGAAGGGGGAACUGGAGUUCACCUCACGGAAUACCUCUCUGUUCACCACUUGACCAAUUCAAUAUCGAUGACUUGCACUAUCGGUGCGACAUCGAGCUUCGGUCUUCUACAUCGUCUAUACCUCGACGAGCUGCGAACCUAGACAACCGGGGUCACCUAGGGUGA